AUGAAGGUUGUAUAUUUUAUGGUUUUGCAAUAUCUAAGGGUUUACUGCAACGAGGCAAACGAUAACAGUGAUGAUGAUGAUGAUGAUAGUACAGAAAUUUAUCACUCUGCUAACACAUAUAUUCAAUCCGAAGGUGAUGUUAUGCUUGAAUCUAUAAACACCGGUAGAAGCAGCUUAGCAGUUAUGGAGUUAAAUCAUGGUGGUGAUUAUAAAGCAUAUACGAGUAGUGAUACAGAAAUAUAUGAUGAUAAUGAUAGCACAGAAAGUGAUGACGAGACAACUGCAGUUAAUAAUUCCACAAUUCAAAGUGAUGACUUUAAAACUGAAGCUCAAAGGACAGACGAAAAAUAUAAUUCUGAUGAUAAUGUUAGGAAUUUCCUUGAAAAUCUAUUUGAUGUAGUUCCUUAUCCGAAAUACAAUGAUAUACCAAUGCUCAAUCGUAAGAUAUUUAGAGGAGUGCGUGUGACAAUUAUGGAGCAUCCCUACAUAGUCAGCAUACGAAGGCAGCUCGUGCACUAUCUCAUGGGUGCCAUCCUUACCAGAAAUGUGAUCAUUACCGUCGCCCAUCCGAUCUAUCAGGUGCCAAUAACUGAGCUAAAAGUGAUAGCAGGUCAAAAUUAUAAUGACCGCGGCACUACUCUUCACACUGUUAUACUGACGAUUAUCCAUGAAGAUUUUCAACCAAGCAACUUGCAAGCAGAUCUAGCACUUCUUAUGACUUUCGAGUUCAUCGUCUUCAAGUAA